GAAAUUUGAACAUCCCUUCAAUCACCAUUAGAUUGUAACAAUCAAAAGACACAUAUGAUGAUGAAGGCCUUGAAGUUUCUUAUGUUUAGUGCGAUAACACUCGCACUUGUCUCGUUAAUUUUUGCCUCCGAAUCUGACUCUGACUCUGAGAAUAAUGUGUUUGAGCCAAUUGGUAUAGCAGGAUCCCAAGAUGUCCUUUCAAAAGCAGAGAUGAUACCAUUGAAAUUAGGAGCAUUUGGAGCAGAAAGUGUUGUGUUUGAUCCAAAUGGUGAUGGGCCUUAUACUGGAGUUGCUGAUGGUCGCAUUAUUAAGUGGCUACAACAUAAUCAAACUUGGGUUGACUUUGCUGUCACCUCUUCACAAAGGGAGAAUUGUAGCCGGGCUUCUGCACCUGAAAUGGAGCAUGUAUGUGGAAGGCCAUUAGGCUUACGAUUUGAUCAAGAAACUGGGGACCUUUACAUUGCUGAUGCCUACUUAGGCCUCCAAGUUGUUGGCCCAACUGGAGGAUUGGCUACUCCACUAGUCCAACAUUUUGAAGACCAUCCACUUCUCUUCACAAAUGACUUGGAUAUUAAUGAUCAUGACCAUGUCAUUUAUUUCACGGAUUCAAGCACAAUCUACCAACGCAGGCAAUUUGUUAAUGCUACUGCAAGUGGAGACAAGACAGGCAGACUGAUGAAAUAUGAUAAAUCAACUAAACAAGUAACAAUACUACUACAAGGCCUUUCUUUUGCAAAUGGUGUAGCCUUAAGCAAAGACCGGACCUUUGUCCUAGUAGCCGAAACUUCAGCAUGUAGAAUAACAAGGUAUUGGCUUAAAGGUCCCAAUGUAGGAACACAUGACAUAUUUGCUCAACUCCCCGGAUUUCCAGACAACGUUAGAAUGAAUUCAAAAGGGGAAUUUUGGGUCGCGUUGCAUGCAAAAGCAUCACCACUUGCCCGACUCAUAACAUCCAAUUCGUGGCUAGGCAAGGCGUUGUUGAGGAAAUUCAAUUUCCAGCAAAUGCAUAACUUGUUGGUAGGAGGGCAGCCACAUGCUACCGCGAUUAAGUUGAGUGAGGAGGGAGGAAUUUUGGAGGUUUUAGAAGAUGUUGAAGGGAAGAAGUUGAGGUUUAUUAGUGAAGUUCAUGAGGAGGAGGAUGGAAAGUUGUGGAUUGGUUCUGUUUUGAUGUCUUCUUUGGGAGUUUAUCAAUUGUUAUAAGGAAAAUUAUUUCUAU